CAGGCUGGCAGCUCUGUUUUCCCGAGGCAUGAUGUUAGAGGGGUCUAGGAGGAAGCAGGGAGCACCAGGGCAGUUGGAGCCGAUGCAGAACGGAUCAUCCCAAGAUCAGCCCCCUAUGAGCCCCCAGGUCCAGGUCCAGGGGUCAGGGGAAAGGGCCCCGGCCCCAGAGCCUCCACCUUAUCCUCCACCUCCUCCUCCUCCAUGCACCAGGCCAAGGCUGGUCUUCCACACCCAGCUCGCCCAUGGCAGCCCCACGGGACGCAUCGAGGGCUUCACCAAUGUCAAGGAACUGUACGCCAAGAUCGCCGAGGUUUUUGUCAUCUCUCCCUCAGAGAUCCUGUUCUGCACUUUGAACUCCCACAAGGUGGACAUGCAGAAGCUCCUGGGUGGCCAGAUUGGGCUGGAGGACUUCAUCUUUGCCCAUGUGAGGGGAGAGACCAAGGAGGUGGAGGUGACCAAGAGUGAGGACGCCUUGGGGCUGACCAUCACUGACAACGGCACGGGGUACGCCUUCAUCAAGAGGAUAAAGGAAGGCAGCAUUAUAGACCAUCUGAAGACAGUGUGUGUUGGCGAUCACAUUGAGGCGAUCAACGACCAGAGCAUCGUGGGCUGCCGACAUUACGAAGUUGCCAAGAUGUUAAAGGAGUUACCGAAAGCAACGCCUUUCACCCUGCGCUUAGUGGAGCCGAAGAAAGCCUUUGAUAUGAUCGGCCUGAGGACCAAGUCUGCAAAGUCAGCUGGAGAAGGGAGGAUGGGCAGCGGCAGAGAAACUCUGCGGCUGAGGUCCAAAGGGUCAGCAACAGUGCAGGAAGCAGUAAGUACCCAUCCCCUCUCAGAUAAGUCUUUUAUUUAUUUAUUUUUUGAAAACAAUUCUCUUUCAGCUGCCACAAUAGUGGAAGCGGGGAAGGACAAGAAGACGCCUGAUGACUUUGCACAGGCGCUGGACUCAGUUCUGGGGGACUUCGCCUUUCCGGAUGUGUUUCUCUUUGAUGUCUGGAGGGCGAUAGGAGACGUCAGGAGCGGGGUUAUUUAGGGGUGGGGAGGGGUGGGGGGGCAGGAAAUCUGCACCACCGGACACUUUGUUUCAGAGAACAUAUUAACGUUUUAGCAAACUCCCCAUUCGUGUUACGCAAACCGAUUUUUCAAACUUUGCUCUCCACUGGCGCUGACAAUCAGCUGACGGCCACUGGUGUUGAUUGGACUAACAUUCAAAGUGAAACAAGUGAAGAAGCAGCUGCUUGGGUUUGUGAUGAUCGCUGCUUCUUA